CGUACGGGUGCCCUUUAACCAAAACGUGUGAAAGCAGUGAAAAGCUUGAUUUUAAAUUCAAGAAGGUAUUUCCUUCUUGCUGAAUUUCUAGGUUUUGUUUAUUUUACAGACCAGAUAGGAAAAUGUGUUCAUUACGGAUGCUUAAAGGAAAACAUUUCAAGCCAUGGUGACACGAAGGCCCUGGGAGCCCAACCAUGCACCAGCUGCGAGCCACGAAGCCCGGGCUCCUUGUGUGCGUGGCCAUCUGCAUCUUCGUUCUUCUUUAUUUACGGAAUCCGACCCCUGAGGAAACCAAGGAGGAGCCCCCCUACCCAGCAGUAGUGGAAUGUGGCUUUUAUCCCGAUGAACUGUGUUCAGCUUUAUUUGAAGGGAAAGGGGCCGCCCUGCAAAUUGCAAGAUUUUGCAAAAACCCUCACGGUUCUCAAAUUCUUGCUCAUUUACGCACCACAGGAAACUGCUCUAGGAUUUCCCGGGAGUUGCGUUUCAUAACCAGACCCUUGUCUGCAGAAGAGGGCAAUUUUUCUCUGGCAUAUAUUAUAACAAUUCAUAAGGAGCUGGCGAUGUUUGUGCAGCUUCUCAGAGCUAUUUAUGUGCCUCAAAAUGUUUACUGUGUUCACGUCGAUGAAAAGGCCCCGAAGAAGUAUAAGACUGUUGUGCAAACCCUGGUUAACUGUUUUGAAAAUAUUUUUAUUUCAUCAAAGAGAGCAAGAGUGGCCCACACGGGCUUUACAAGACUCCAGGCAGAUAUUCAUUGUAUGAAAGAUCUUGUCCAUUCCAAAGUUCAAUGGAACUAUGUCAUUAACCUUUGCGGGCAGGAUUUUCCAAUCAAAACCAAUAAAGAAAUUAUACACUACAUCAGAAGCAAAUGGAAUGACAAAAACAUCACUCCUGGAGUACUGCAGCCACCAAACACGAAAUCCAAGACCAGCAAAAGCCAUCCUGAAUCCACCCCUGAAGGAAAUAUCUACAUAUCUCCAAAUAAAAGAUUCAAGGACAAACCGCCCCAUAACUUAACAAUUUAUUUUGGGAGCGCUUACUAUGUCCUCACGAGGAAGUUUGUAGAGUUUGUACUGACUGACACCCGCGCAAAAGACAUGCUUCGGUGGUCCAAAGACAUCCAGAGCCCGGAACGACAUUACUGGGUGACUCUGAACCGGAUGAGAGAUGCCCCGGGAGCCACACCAGACGCCGGCUGGGAAGGAAACGUUCGAGCUGUGAAAUGGAGACACGAGGAGGGAAGUGUUCACGAUGGAUGUAAAGGCCGCUACGACCACGAGAGCUGCGUGUAUGGACCAGGGGACCUGCCGUGGAUCAUUCGGUCGCCUUCUUUGUUUGCCAACACAUUCGACUCGACAGACCCUCUGGUGGUGACGUGCCUGGAGCGGUGGCACCGGCUGCGGGCGCUGCGACAGGCAGAGGCUCCCGUGGAGCCACACUGGCAUUUCCCACGGGACAGUCACUUCAACGGGAGGCUGAGCCGCUGA